CCUUACUCAUGUAUGCACUAAUUUGAAUACAUAUAUAAUGCGUUUAACAUGAAUAACCGAAUUUUCUAUAUGUUUAUGGUAUUUUGUGCAGCAUUUAUUGUUGCAUACAUCUGUUUGAAAGACAGCGCAAUAGCGCAAUGGGAUGUGAGAGGUUUUAUGAACACCCAAAGGGACUUGAUAUUUGGAAAAGUAAGGAAUGAUACGUCACAAGCUUGCAAUCGCGAGUAUCAGAACGGUGUCUGUAAUAUGACAUGUUUUGAAAUAUUCUGGCUGAAGUACGAACAGCAGAGGGAACGGAAAUUUACUGAAAAACCACGUAAAUCAGUCAAUAACGAAUCGGACAGUAACGUUGCGUUUCAAAACAGAUCUUGCGACACAACCAUUCCAUUCACUAAACGGAAGAAAGAGAACAUAAGUUGUGAAUCGCAUGCAGUGUGUAACGUUGCUUCUAUAAACAGUGCUUGUAACACCUAUAUUUCCUCAAAAGGCCCUCAAGGUAGAGCUGGAAACAUCAUGUUUGAAAUAGCGGCCUUGAUCGGAGUUGCCAAAAGACGAGGUUUCACGCCACAGUCGCGAUACAAUCAUUACAUAUUUAAAUGGUUCGAAAUGCCGCGGAUUUACGUAAACGUGCCUGCAGUUAACGAAAAGAACGUCGGUGAAGUAAAGUAUGGUACUUAUCAAAAAGAAGUGGAGUCUUUAGAUUGUGGUCAGAAUUGGACGCUAGGUGGUUAUCGUUGUAGCUGGAAAUAUUUCGACAAUGCGAAGGAUGAAGUGCGAAAAGUAUUUACUUUGAAAGCGGAGUUCACCGACAAAGCAAACGCAUUUCUGCAAAACCUAUCAUCAACAGGCGCAGUUAAUGUGUGUGUGCACGUUCGAAGAGGCGAUAUGGCAAAAGAUGCUAACAUCAAACUAGGUUAUGUUCCGUCGGACGCAACUUACCUAAAUAGAUCUAUGGAAUACUUCAGAAAUAUGUUCCGAAAGAAGACAGUCCACUUUGUUGUCAUCAGCAAUGGUAUGGAAUGGUGCCAGAACAAUACGUUAGGGCCUGACGUGUUUUACUCUCCUUUUAAAGAAGCUGUCCUAGACUUUGCACUCAUGGUUUGUUGUGAUCACGUGAUUAUAACCAUCGGGACAUUUGGUUGGUGGGGGGCUUGGCUUUCUGGUAGAAUAACCGUGUAUGACUCCUCGUGGCCAUCAAAAGAUACAUUUGUUGGUAAAGGCUUAAACAGAAGUGAUUAUUAUCCAAAACACUGGAUAGGUCUAUAAAUUUGUAAAAACAUCUUUGAGUGCGUUGAAUGUGAAGCAUAGCAAUAUAAAGAUAAUAUCUUAUGAUCGUAAAUAAAUUACGAUCGAUAAUUCUUUUUGGUACUAAAGGGGACUCAACAACUAGGAAGUGAUAUUGUUUCAAUAGAAAAUGUUUUUGAGUGCACUCAACGGGGCGGCCUUGAAAUUUUAUUCAUAACGCCGACACUUGGCUUAAACAAUGUGUUGACACAAGUACAGCAAUUGCUAUUGCAUUCCAUUGACCAAUAGCGUUAAUGCAUUCACUACGAUUUGAUCACUUUGAUUAAUAAGUAAAACCAAUUUUACUUAGCGGAUGUAAAACGUAGGGAUAAGGAAAUACUGAAGUCCCAGAAAGGGACUAAAUUAAUUCAUUGAAAUAAAUGUUCAACCUAAAUAAAGAUAACAUCAAAAUACAUAGUCUACGGUGGAAAAAAAAUCAAUCAGUCGACAUUAAACAAUAAUUUUAUCUUAAUGGGUGAUCGAUAACAAGGUCAACAGUUAAGUACGGAAGCUGAACUUAAAAUUACAUUUUAUCAAAUUAAAUUAUUUCAGUAAUGCGUGUUUUUUUCCUUGGUUCUAAACCGUUAAAAUGAUUCUUCGCACUAACGGUGAUUUUUGUACAGCCGUAGUUAUGGCUUUUUAAAUUAAUUAACCAAAAGCUAAUCGAAUAAUUAUUUCAACAAAGGCACUCUGACAAUGACAGGAAUUAAGCAUCAAACCUCGACCUAAAUGUAACAAUAAAAUGUUCACAAAGUUGUAAUUUAAAAUAGCUAUAGGCACAUUUAUCUAUUUAAAUCAUGUUUGUCUUUAAAUAUUACCUGGAAUAACAAAAAUAAUUAUAAACAAAACGAUUUUAAAAAACUCUGCAAUUGAAAGAAAUAACUUAUAGC